CACACUUAUAAUUCUAUAAUUAUAAACAAAACAAAAAGUGAAGUUCCCUAUUAACAUAAGGAAAUUGCUUAGAAAAUUUCCAAACCAAAAAAAACACAACUCCAACCAAAAUUUUCUGAAACUUUUUUCUAUGAGAGAAAUUCUUCUGCAGCUCCAAAACCCUUCUCCAAAUUUAUCACUUUAUUCAUUAUCUGCCGCUAAAAAUGGCCCAUUAUUGCUUUUGGCAGGUGACACUGCUAUUUUGGAUUAGGACACUGCGUAGUCUUUAAAUGAUCGUGAAGUGUGAUCAGCAUAUAGUCUCCUAAUUGAUUCAUAGAUUGCACCAAUGGAGAAAAGCAGAAGCAAAAGUUGGGUUGGGAACAUUUACCACAAGUUUGAGGCUGUGUGUCAGGAGGUUGAUGAAUUUGUAACUAAGGACACAGUUAAGUAUGUUGAGAAUCAGGUGCAAAAUGUUGGUGCAAACAUGAAAAAGUUAUACUCUGGUGUGGUGCCAGAUUUUCUUAUCCCAGUGGAUGAUCAUGUAAAAAGAGAAGCACAAGCUGUCAACGGGAAGCCAAAGCACUCCGUUGGCACUAAUACUAGUUCAGUGACAGGCACUGCACAGAACCCUAUCAAAGAGCAAUCAUGUCUGGAUCAGUAUGCCGAUAAUUCCCUUGAAAGCCAUAAUGCUUCAACUUCAACUGAACUUGAUGGUGUGAUAGCUUCUGAAGAAGCAGAAUUUGAUCUUUCUGUAGGAAAUGAAUGUGCCACUGCAAUUUGUAAGAACUCAUGUAAGGUUUUUAAAGAGAAUAUAACAAAGGAGGCAGCACUGGUAGAUGACGAACCAAGUACUUCGGAAGACAGAGUUUCAUCUGAAUCCUGUUCUGACAAAGAUUCGAAAGAUACAAUGUGCUAUAGCUUUUCAGAUGAUGAUAAGUGUCCUUCUGAUGUAUCAAGCUCUCAGAUUUUAAUACAAGAUAAAAUGGUCCGGGAGGAACAACCACUGGCUAAGGGAUCAAGUUCAUUUCUGGAUAAUUUGUCUAUAUCACAACUCACGGCCUCUAUGAAUGAAAAAAUGUUUGAUUGUUCGUCUGAUGCUAUCAACUGUAUUUCUAAUGUACCAAGUAGUCAAAUGGUUUUGCAACGGAAUAUCACUAGGGAGGUGCAACCAGUCGCUGAUCAACCAAAUUCUUUUGGAGAUAUGGCUCUAUCAAAGUCAUUACCAUUUUCAAUGGAGGAAAGUCGAGGAAAUUCCACCAUGACUAAGUUACCACAUCCAACUUCACUUUAUGACACAGAACUUUGGACCUUACCGGCGGAUGAGAAAGGAUGCAACAGGUCUUCUGAUGCUGCUGAGAGCAUUUCCAAUGUUUCAACAAUUCUGACGAACUUGCAAGACAAUAUCACCAGUGAAGAUCAAUUUGCAUCCAAGGAAUCAAGUCCUGCCACAGAAAAAAUUUUGCCGCAAACCUCAGCAUUGGCAUCUUAUAUACCUCCAACUUCACAAAAUGAUGCAGGAUUUGAGGUGUCCAUGACCGUGUGUAAGAGUUUUUUGGAUGAUGUUACUUGUGUUUCUAAAGAGUCAAGUACGACUUGGGCACUUGAAGAUGCUCCAAGCACAUUUCAGUCAUUUGAACCUGUACUUUCUCGAGUUGUGAAGAAUGAAAGCAUGGAUGUAGGCGCUGGAAUAUCAAACUCUUCUCUGUUAGCAGAAUCUUCAAGCCUGUCGACUUCCUUGAUUGGAAACUGUAUGCAGGAAGCAGAGUCUGAUUUUAGUAUCUCCACUGGCCUCUCAUCUUCCUUGUCUACUUCUUUAGCGAGUGCAAACAAUGUUGUUUCUGUCAUUCCAGCUCUCUCAAGUACUCCGUUGUUGACAGAUUUCAGUGAAGUAAAUGCCUCCAGUUCUCACGAGUCGGUUGGAAAUGCUCAGUCAGUUCAAAAUGACCUUGAGUGGUGUCCAAGCCCUCAGUUGAAAGUUCUUAUAUGUCCUGCAGAAAUAGGAUGUAUGAAUGAUAGCUCCAUUGAUCUUCCGGGCAUGGAAACAAUUGAUCUAACUGAUAAGGGAAAGGUCAAGGAAAGCUCUGCCCUCGUUGACAAUAAAUUACACAAUCUUGUUUCUUUUAGGCCAAGAAAAUAUAAGUCGUACAAGGAAUUAAUACAGGAGGCAUUUGCUUCUAGAAAGAGAUUGAUAAUGGAAUACAAGCAAUUGGCUGUUUUGUAUGCAGACGUGGAUGCUGAAACGAGCCAGCACGUUGAGCUCUCUCAGUUACCUUCUCUUCCUUCACCAUGUUUACAUUCACCGGAAUCGUCCACAUGCAACAUCUGUGAACCUGGGUGGGAGCUCCUGUAAAUGAGCCUUCCUUCCUGUGAAAACUGCUCCAUGUUAAUAAUUUCUGCUGAGAAUUCUCCCUGUAAAGGUUACAGGAAAACGGUUAGCUGCAAGCGAGCUAUUCAUUAGUCUUAUUUUUGUGAUAAAUGGUAGAAACUACAAUCUUUUUCCCCCCUUUUCAGGCUUGGUAAGGCUUUUGAAAUCAAUUUUGGAUAAAUAAUAUCAUUCUGCUCAAAUAAUAUGAUCAUUUUGAUCUCUUUUGUUCA